UUUACUUUUAGUAACGGAGGAAAACGAGCACAUUGGUUUAUGGUUUCACGUCUGCGGGUUGUCAUAAGUAUUAAUUAAAGUUUUAUAGGGUUUAUAUAAUCAGUAUAUUUUUGUUUUUUGUCAAAAAAUUAGAAAAAUGACAGCCUUUGAAGAAAUGGGUGUGAUGCCUGAAAUUGGUAAAGCUGUAGAUGAGAUGGAGUGGUCGUUACCUACUGAUGUACAAGCAGAAGCAGUUCCUUUAAUACUUGGAGGUGGAGAUGUUUUGAUGGCUGCUGAAACAGGAAGUGGAAAAACAGGAGCUUUUUGUCUUCCAAUUUUGCAGAUUGUUUGGGAAACAUUAAAAGAUGAACAAACUGGAAAAACAAAAAAGGAUGGAAUAAGUGGUGGUGGAAUUGGUAAUAAAUGGACAAUGAGUUUUUUUGAUCGUGGAAAUGCUUUAGGUAAGUUUUUCAGAUCACAAAUAGAUAUUAGAUUAAUUACUCAAAUCUUAAGCAUAAUAUAUUUUAUAACAAUAAUUUUGUCUCAUUUGUUUAAUUAUGUAAAUGCAUCUAUUGGAAAAUAUUAUUAUGAAGCUAAAGUUACUGAUGAGGGAUUAUGUCGAGUAGGAUGGUCUACUCUAGCAGCAACACUUGAUUUAGGUACUGAUAAACAAGGAUUUGGAUUUGGAGGAACAGGGAAAAAAUCUUUUGGUAAACAAUUUGAUGAUUAUGGUAAUGAUUUUGGAGAAGCUUUUAAAAUUCCACAAAAUUUACGAAGAAGUGCAUUUUUUGCUGCUGUUGUUUUAAAAAAUGCAGAAAUGGAAUUUAAUUUUGGUGAUAGUGCUUUUAAAUAUAAACCAGAAGCUGGAUAUAUUGGUCUUUCUCAAGCACCUAAAGAUUAUGUAGUAAAUUCCACUGUAACAGGUAAUGAUUUUGGAGAAGCUUUUAAAAUUCCACAAAAUUUACGAAGAAGUGCAUUUUUUGCUGCUGUUGUUUUAAAAAAUGCAGAAAUGGAAUUUAAUUUUGGUGAUAGUGCUUUUAAAUAUAAACCAGAAGCUGGAUAUAUUGGUCUUUCUCAAGCACCUAAAGAUUAUGUAGUAAAUUCCACUGUAACAGGUGCUUCUCAGGGUGUUCAAAAAAAGAUGAAAAAUGCACCACAGGCAAUUAUCAUAGAACCUUCAAGAGAACUUGCUGAACAGACACUUCAAUGUAUAAGAAAUUUUAAGAAGUAUCUUGAAAAUCCAGAAGUUAGAGAACUUUUAGUAAUAGGUGGAGUUGCUGCCAAGGAUCAGAUUUCAGCUUUACAAAGUGGAGUGGACAUUAUUGUUGGAACACCAGGAAGAUUAGAGGAUCUUAUUAGUACAGGUCAAAUUUCUCUCACACAGGUCCGAUUUUUUGUCUUGGAUGAAGCUGACGGAUUGCUUUCUCAAGGAUAUGGAGAUUUAAUUAAUCGUAUUCAUCAACAAAUUCCGAAAAUUACUUCAGAUGGUAAAAGAUUACAGAUGGUUGUGUGUUCAGCAACAUUACAUUCAUUUGAAGUGAAAAAAUUGGCUGAAAAAUUAAUGCAUUUUCCCACUUGGGUUGAUCUUAAAGGAGAAGAUAGUGUUCCUGAAACUGUUCAUCAUGUGGUGUGUAUGGUAGAUCCGAGAAAGGAUACAUUAUGGACUAAUUUGAAAAGACAUGUUCAGACUGAUGGUGUUCAUGAUAAUGACCAUGUUAGGCCUGGCAAUAAUACUCCAGAAACACUCUCUGAAGCUGUUAAGUUAUUAAAAGGUGAAUAUACUGUUAGAGCAAUCAAUGAGCAUAAAAUGGACCAAGGCAUCAUAUUCUGUAGAACAAAAUUAGAUUGUGACAAUAUGGAAAAUUAUCUCAAUCAAAUUGGAGGAGGUGCUCGGAACAAAAAUCAUUUUUAUUCAUGUGUGUGCUUGCAUGGUGAUAGAAAACCACAAGAAAGAAAAGGAAAUUUGGAAAAAUUUAAGAGAGGAGAAGUCAAGUUUCUUAUCUGUACUGAUGUAGCAGCACGUGGAAUUGAUGUGAAAGGAAUACCCUUUGUUAUCAAUGUAACUUUACCAGAUGAGAAAGCUAAUUAUGUUCAUAGAAUUGGGCGUGUUGGACGUGCUGAAAGGAUGGGACUUGCAUUAUCAUUUGCUUCAGCUGUACCUGAAAAGGUAUGGUAUCAUUCAAAUUGUUCCAGUAAAGGUCGGAAUUGUUGGAAUACUAGACUAACUGAUGAAGGAGGCUGUUGCAUUUGGUAUAAUGAGCCUCAGUAUCUGGCUGAUAUUGAAGAACAUUUGAACUGCACUAUUCAACAAAUAGAUGUUGAUCUUAAAGUCCCAUUGGAUGAAUUUGAUGGAAAAGUCACUUAUGGUGAAAAACGAAAACAAGUUGGGAGUUUAUUUGAAACUCACACAGCUCAAAUGGCUCCAACAGUCAAAGAUCUGGCAGCCUUGGAGAAGCAAGCUCAGUCCAUAUAUUUAACUAGAUAUAUUAUUAAAGAUCAACCAGCUUUACGAUGAAAUUAUUAUUAUAUUUUAUUAUUAAAUAUCUUCAAUGUUAAAAUAAAACUGAAAUUUUCUUGUUUACAAUUAUA